CGUGCACCGCCUGCUCACUCUGUGUUCCGCCUCGGCUCCGUCACCUGCCCCAUCAUGACCGAAAAGGGCGAGUUGGACCUCACUGGGGCCAAGCAGAACACGGGCAUGUGGCUGGUGAAGGUCCCGAAAUACUUGUCACAACAGUGGAACAAAGCUUCAGGAAGAGGUGAAGUGGGAAAACUAAGGAUUGCUAAAAAUCAAGGAAGAACAGAAGUGUCAUUUACUUUGAAUGAAGAGCUUGCAAGCAUCAAUGAUAUUGGAGGAAAACCUGCUUCAGUCAGUGCACCAAGGGAACAUCCCUUUCUUUUACAAAGUGUGGGAGGACAGACCUUAACUGUGUUCACAGAAAGUUCAGUAGAUAAACUUUCCUUGGAAGGAAUAGUGGUGCAACGUGCUGAAUGCAGACCUGCAGCUAGUGAAAAUUACAUGAAACUGAAAAGAUUACAGAUAGAAGAAUCUUCUAAACCUGUAAGACUAUCACAGCAGCUGGACAAAGCUGUAACCACAAACUAUAAACCAGUGGCUAAUCAUCAAUACAAUAUUGAAUACGAGAGGAAGAAGAAAGAAGAUGGAAAACGGGCUCGAGCUGAUAAACAGCAAGUGUUGGACAUGCUUUUUUCAGCCUUUGAGAAACAUCAGUAUUACAACAUUAAAGACCUGGUGGACAUAACCAAACAGCCAGUGAUAUACUUGAAAGAAAUUUUAAGAGAAAUAGGCAUUUACAAUGUGAAGGGGACCCACAAAAACACAUGGGAGCUGAAGCCAGAAUACAGACACUACCAAGGAGAAGAGAAGAGCGAUUAACAAAAGUGUUUACGA